AUGCCGGCGAAAACCGGCGGAUUCCGCAAGCUGGCUGAGGAGAAGGCGCUGCUGUCGGACCUCAGCAAGAUGCUCCAUAUAAUCAAGGCGAAUCACAAGGAGCAACGGAACGGACGCGAGGCCGUUGCUGCGGCUGCCGCGGCCUCGACAGCAGCCGCCAACGCGGCAAGCUUAAAGGCCUCCAAGAAGACCAAGCCCGAUACACGUCGAGGCUCGCAGCGGCGCAGCCAACACGGGGGGUCCGUCUGGAUCGUGCUCAAGGGUGGCUUUAGCCCGAAGAGCGUGCCCACUGCGAUGCAGACAGAGAAGGUCGACACUCGUGCUAGUGGGCGAGCGCUGCUCUCGGAAAAGCGGCGUGCUGCAGCACUCAAGGAGGCCGAGGCAUACAUUGAGAGUGCGUGGCAGCAGGCAAAAGAGGCGGAGCUCCUCACCAAGGACGGCGUACCGACGGAGGGGGGGGACGCCUACCUCGCCGAGCAGUACGCCUUGGCGUCACGAAUGCUCUGCCCUCCCACAACUGGCGCCCAUCUCCAUCAGCUCGUCGCGAGCCACUGCAGCAGCGGCUUGGACGAUGCUGUCACCGGGGUGGCACAUGGCCAACCGGAGUACACGCUGACCCGAAGCGAAUGGGAGGACAUCUGCACACGUGAGGCGGCCAUUCUUUUCCGCUAUCGCACGAGUGCCACGCCCGCUGGAACGGCGGAAGACUACUUCAGGGCGCAGCAACAGGCACGUGAGAAUUUCUACCACUUCGCUACGGCGGAGCCGAUGACGAAGGCGGGGGAUAUUGUGCCUACCAAGUGCUUUGUGCGUAUUCGUGACAGCCAGCGAGACAAGCACACGUGCGUUCUGAGGACUGCCAAGUCUGUGAACUAUUUUAAGUCCAACUUCGGACAGGUGCUGCGGAAGGAGCUCAGCGCAUCGCGCCUACCGCGCGGCGGUGCGGCCGACGAGGGGGACGCGGCCACGAGCGCGCACGCUGGCAAAGGUAACCAUCAAGUGACGCCGCAGUCUGGCGCGGCUGCGCAUCACUCAAACAGCGGCAAAAAAAAGAGGCGGCGCUGA